AUGGCUAACUUUGUGCGCAAAGGCGCAAUGGGAAGAAUUAACGCCGAGCGCCUUUACGCAUUCAACAAAACAUUGAAGAAAGAUACACUACGCGAGCGCGGCUAUUGGGAGGUAAGUAAGGAUAGCCACCCUAUCAAUCGCUGGUCCUACCGCCGAUGGAAACAGCGCAAGGAGGAGCUGUCCGUUUUCGAAGAUAAACUUGAGAAAGUGCCCGUGGACCAAAAGUUCAAAAUUAAGAAAUUGCUGACGGUGGCAAACAUCUCAGUCUUGGGCCCAAUUAUGAUUCUGCUUUACUUUGCCUUUUGCUACCUGCGCUACAGGCUAUGGGGCAUCACCCCCAUAGAUGGCGCAGGUGCUGUCGUGAGAGGCGUGCAGAACCUCCCUCGUCCGCCGGGGUACUAG